AUGUGGAAAUUACAGCGGUGGUCAGAUUUGGAGCCGGGUAGAUGUGCCACCGUGGACUAUCAAAUCUCUGCCAAGUCUCCACCACAGCCACUCUGCCCCAUAGCUCUUCCACAGGUGGCCUACUCUUCCUGUCUCUCAUGGGAGGGGGGCUUCAGGUUUUACUUUAUCUGGGCAGCUCGAGUGUUCUACUUUCUACUGUGCAUCACAACAGUUACACUGCAAACCUUCGCCAUUCAUUGGCCUCACUGGGGAAGAUGUCCUGACCUAUCUGUCAAGCAGGACUUUAGUCUUAUUGCUUACAAAGGUCCGUGGUUCGAGCAAGCUGGUUAUAACACUGAGUCUGUGGAGGGAGACAAGAGAUGUGUCUCAGCUCUGUACUACAUAGACGACGACAUGUUCUACGUACAAAACCGCGGGAUCGACAACAGGAACAACAAAUGGGGUGGAGUCAAUGGAACGGCUAAGUUCACGAAUCCGGCAAAAAAAGAAGCUAAGCUAACCGUAUCUUUCAAAUUUGGCUGGUUGACUGUGAACGGCCCCUACUGGGUGUUGGACACCGACUACAACACGUACUCCGUCGUUUAUACUUGUGAAAACUUCUUGUUUCUAUUUCAUCAUUAUACGGUGUGGCUUCUUAGUCGCAACAGGUCUCUCUCGACGGUUACUCAACAACAGCUGUUCUACAACGCCACCUACUCAGUCCUCACCGAACGUAAAUUACCAUCAGCUCUCAUUCAGAAAGCUGACCAAACAAAUUGCAAUGUUUAAAAAUACAUAGUUUAUUACUUGUUUUGCCACAGAAGAUUAAAGCAGCUAAUAUCAUA